AGAACCAAAUACUGUCAGCCUUCCCUCCCUGAUCAUUUGGUGGCAAUUCCCAAUUUGCCAUGAGCAGCCAACUGAACUAAUCUCAGAAGGGCAAUAACAGGAAUUCCUGUCAUUUCCCCUGUUCUUGAUUGGAAUACCACAUUACAUAUUGAGGGAUUGCUCCAUCUGGAUGUGAGGCAGUGGUAAAUGCAAGAGGAAUGAGGCUGCAGUUUGAGCUUAAAGCCAGGCUGGUUCUUAACUAGUUCUGCUAAAAAAAGGGCUUCUCUAGCUCCUUUUUUUUCAUCACCGCAAGUAAUUGAAUUGAGGACCAUCUACCUUAACCCCUGUGCCAUGCAUGAAUAUGCAACUGGUAGCUUUAUUCAGCUCUGGUUAUAGGGUACAAGACCCGGUGGAGCAGAAGGUGGAAUCACAUGUGAAAGUGUUUGCUGCUAAACCUGUAUUCGGGGUGGAACCUCAGUGACCAAUGUGUGUGAGAUCUCUGUCAUGGAUGCUGGAGACUUGGCUCCUUCUCUUCCUUGCCCUCCCAGGGGGGAAAAAGAACUGAGUCAGUGGCACACAAAGAUCUUCAGUGUGUUAUGACAGGCAGUUUAACUUAAAGGCCAGCCUGUUUGCCUGGCCUCAGUUUCCUGUUUAGCCAAGCAAAGACUCCACCUUGAAGCUGCCAGUCCUUAACUUGUUUUUAUGGCAUCAGAAGUCUUUGACUUCACAAGCUGUGUGGCAGGCAGCAAAAUUCAGAAAGUGGUAAAGAAGCAUGCUAGGAACUCUAGGCCUGCUGUAUCCUGGGGAGAUGAGGAGAAAGGCUGUUAUUGUCUUCAAGUCUGCAAGCAGACAGGGCAAAAGCGUAGUGGCAAAAAUCCAUAUUUGUUUGGCACUGAUCCUUACAUUUGAGCAGUUAGAAUAUUUGCAAAUAUUCCAUGGCACUCCAGCAACUCAAACAGUGGCGGUGGGUAGGAAGAUAUGUGCUGAUGACUGGUUGGGCUGUAAUGCUUUGUGAGCAAAACUGGGCAGGGUGACGGACAAAUACACAUCAACGUUUCCAGCCUUGGUUUCUUAGCCAUUUUGCCCUGGGAGAAGUUGGGCUCUGUCUCGCCCUGCGCUUUGCAGAAAUGGGGGGCAUUGUUUGGAGUCCUCUCUGGGUGGGACUGCUUCUCUCUAGUUUCGGAGGGCCUGUGUGGAGCGGACGACAAAUGGACAAACUUGCGGAGAAGAAGUUAUGUGCGGAUGCUGAGUGUGACCACCCCAUUUCCAUUGCAGUGGCCCUCCAGGAUUACAUUGCUCCCGACUGCCGCUUCAUCAACAUCCAGAGAGGCCAAGUGGUCUAUGUCUUCUCCAAACUGAAGGGCCGCGGGAGACUCUUCUGGGGAGGCAGCGUGCAAGGGGACUAUUAUGGGGAGCAGCCUGCCCGCCUGGGCUUUUUCCCCAGCUCUGUGGUCCAGGAGAACCAGUACCUGAAGCCGGGCAAAGUGGAAGUGAAAACCAGUAGGUGGGACUUCUACUGCCAGUGACAUGAUCGGCUUGGAUAAGGACAAUACCUGCGUUUGCAUUGCACCUGCUGCCAGUCUUGGAGUGAGGACUGGAUGAGAGCCGUGUGCCUUAAGAGCUAGUCUCCUGCUUCGCCCAUUUUGGCAAAGACAAGCUCUCUUUUGUAGAUGCUGGCUGUCACUUAUUUGUAUGUGGGGUAUGUGGAGAUGAUAGGUGAUAGUGGUCUUUAUCCUUCCUAUGAUUCCAAGUAGCACUUGCCCCAUGCCUAGCCAAAAAAUGCAAAGACAAACCAGUCUCAAAGUCUUUGCAAGGUUCUGUUGAACCCAACACAUUUUGAGAUAUAGAAUAGGGCACUUUACGAUAAAAAGAAGUCGAUAUAAUAUUGUUUAAACUACAUACAAACAACCUGCUUAACAAAUUUGCUGGUUUCAUUCCAUAAAAACCUGUGUAUUACUUAUGGCCCAUGACGCUAAGCCUUCUUUGUAUCUAAAAGUGGCAUUUCUCUAUGGAUAGGUGGCCAAGGAAGCUGUACUUUGCAAGUAAUGGAGAUCAAUGGCGCCAUCAGUCCAAUAAAUAAAUGAAUAAAGCUUUACC